CGAUUUAUUAUUCAUAUUCCUAGCAAAGAGUUUUGAUUUGGAUGAUAAUAACAUCCGUGUUUUUAUUUAGAAAUAGUAGGAUAAGAAAUAUUGGACACUAUUGUAUUUAAAAGUUGGAUCAAAAGUGCAUAAUGGCGUUGGGUUUUGAAAAGCAAAUAAUUGAAUGUAGUAAACUAAAGAAAUGUGGAGAAAUAACUACAAUGCUGUCAGUGGGAAAGAAAGAAUUUUUCUUAAACUGCGAAUUUUGUGAUUAUUCCUUUUUGCAACUGGAGAAUUUCAUGCAACACAUCUGUGAAGAUCACUUAGUCGAAAUAAAUCAACCAAAACUAGAGGAAGAGGAAAAUGAAAUUGAUCACUACGAUGAAGAAAUCGAAGACUUGGAAACAAGUAUGAAUUCGGCUAGAAAUUCAGAGGAUGCGGAUGAAAAUGAAUAUAAUAUGAGAGACUUUGAGAGAGUUGAAAUAGAACUGGACACAACCGAUAUUAAGCGCUCUAUUGACAUCAAAGAAGAAAUAGUUCCAAAAGAAUUCAUUAGCGAAGACAGUAUGGAAAAUGAUAACUUUGAAACUAAUGAAUGUCGUGAGAUGUCAGAGCAUGAAUAUGAAACUAGCAGUGAAUUAGAUUAUGAAGAAACUUAUAAUUUCGAAGAAAGCGAUACCAAGACGCACGAGAACAAUACAAAAAUGAAAACUAAUAAUUGUGAAGAAAAACGAAACUUUAUUAUAGAACUUAUAGAAGUAUAUCAUUCAUGUAGAGCACUGUGGGACUCAAAAUGCGAAGAUUAUACUGACCGAUUGGUACGCAGCCAACAAUAUGAAAUCUUACUUGCAAAGUAUAAAGAAAAAUAUCCAAAUGCUACAAAAGAUGACGUAAGGCAAAAGAUCUUUAGAUUGCGUACAACUUUUCGACGAGAAUCAAAACGAAUAUCGGCCUUUGAGAAAUCAACUCUUUACUAUUUUGAUGCAAUGGCAUUUUUGUUGGACAACGAAAAGCGUAAGGAGUAUCUUGAAAGGAGAGCUUUAGAAAGAUCAGAGCUUCAUCUUAGAGAAAUGACCAAGAAGACGCCACCUCCAGAAACCCUUUUGAAUGACGAUCAAUUUAUUACACUUGCUAAAAUAUACCAGAGAUAUCCUAGCCUUUGGGAUGAAAAUGACAUAGCGUAUCGAUUCAGUAACCGACGUCGCGAAGCUUCAAAGGCUGUUCAUGAUGAAUUUAAGAGUGAAACUGGUUUUGAUAUAGAAAAGCAGGAAUUGGAAAGAGAAAUUCUACGGUUACGAAAAACAUGCUCCAUUGAAAAGAAAGAAAAGAUAAUGUGCAAACAAAAGAACAUAGAGUAUAAGCCAAUAUGUCCUUAUUACGAACACAUUACAUUCCUUGAAGUGGAUGUCAAUCCAUUUGAAUGUACAAUAUGUGGAAAAGUACUUAACGGUUCGGGUCUAUUCAAAGUACAUUUAGCGUCUCAUGAUGGUUCGCUGCCAUUUAAAUGUCAUAUUUGCGGACAUGGUUUUAAGUUAGCCACAAAUUUAACUGUACAUUUACGAAGGCAUGUGCAUGAUUACACUUAUAGUUGUCAAAUAUGUAAUAAGCCCUGUGCAACGACCACAGAAUUAAAAGUGCACAUGCGUUUUCAUACCGGUGAAAGACCCUAUGUUUGUGACAUAUGUGGUAAUAAAUUCCAAACAGCAUCAAAGUUCAAUACACAUAUGCGACGUCAUGAAAACCGACCGCGUCACAGGUGUGAAGUAUGCGCAAAAGGUUUCUACACUAAAGGCUUAUAUAGAGAACACAUGGCCGUUCAUCGAGCUACAAGAGACCAAAUAUGCGAUAUAUGCAACAAAGGAUUCAAAAGUCCCAUGCAGUUACGACAACACAAACGUAUACAUGACGCUGAAAAGAAAUACUUGUGUAAAAUUUGUGGAAAACGCUUUGCCCAAUAUGCUGGCCUUAGUGGGCAUAUGAAGUCACAUGGCACAAAGUUAACAGCGAAAAAAACUCCAGAGGAAUUAAAUGAAUUUUCAGAAGUUUUCUUCGGUGAAAAUUCGGGCAGUACGAAGAGUCAAGAUACGUACGGACUUAAUGAUGUAUAAUUCUAAAAAGUUAUUAGAUUAUCUGCCCCAUGUGCAUAAAGAAUAGUAUGUAAUCGAUACAUAAGAAAUAUAAGCUAUAAUUCAGGCAUACAUUGAAAAUAUUGUUUCAAAACUGUUAAGCAUUCACAUUUUGUUAACAAAAAUUUGCGUUUUGCUAAUUGAAAGUAUGAAUAGUUUUUUUCUAAAAAAAUUAAUUUAAGAAUUAUUUGUAAGCAUUUUAUUUUCACAAAAUACAAAGGCAUGUAAUUUCUCUGCGAAAAAAUAAACUUUUUAUGCAUUCGCAGGUACUUUUUUAAUUAUACAGUCAAACUUCCAUAACUCGAAGUUCUCCAUAAAUCGAACUCUUAAAUUGGCAAUAGAAGUCAAAUUUCAUAGGAAUUACCUUCCAUAACUCAAAGUUUCUCUAACUCGAUUUUUUUUGGGAUUUGGGAUUCACCAUCGAAUAGAAAUUCUGAAAUAAUCGGUGUUACACACAACCGUUAUGUGAACAAAACUAUAAUAUUCUCUUUAGCAACUUUGUUGCGAGAGUAUAAUAUUAAGUUACAAAUUGCUGCGGAAUAUAGACGGAAAUCUGCAAAAGCUUCUCAAUAGAUGUUCAAAUAAAUUGUCUAAUAAUCACACAAUUUAGGUAU